AUGAGUUUCCCGGACGGUCCACUUCACGGUCUUUCUGGGGAGACCAAGUUGAUUUCGGGGAAUGCGCAGAGGAAGAAGCAGACGAGUCGAUGUGUCGGCCGAGCGAGCGUAUAUAAGACUGAUGUCGAUGAGAUUGCUGGUCGUCGUCGAUUAGCCAUUUGCAGGAUAAAGGCCGAGAUGGCUUCAAAGGCGCAGUGGCAGUCGCCCGUUGGCAACCAGAGCUUUACGGAUGCUGGAAUCGUGAUUAUCGGCGGUGGUAUAUCUGGGAUAUGUAUGGCCAUUGGCUUGCUCAAGAACAACAUCCGCAACUUCGUGAUACUAGAGAAGAGCGCCGGCUUGGGUGGGACAUGGAGAGACAACAAAUAUAUACGCUUCAGCUCAGUGGUGGAGCAAUGCCGUUGGAACGAAGAUGAGAAGAAGUGGAAGACAACGGUGCACGUUGAAGGCACUAAAGACUCCGAGUUUGGGGAACGAUAUACCCUCUCAUCCGACUUUCUCUUGUCCGCCGUAGGUCAGCUAAACUAUCCGCACUACCCUUCAAUCCCUGGUAUCGACGCCUUCAAUGGCAAGAUCAUGCACUCGGCCAGAUGGGACUGGAGUUAUAGCAUCAAAGGCAAGAAGGUUGGUAUCAUCGGAAAUGGUGCUACGGCCGCCCAAAUUAUACCAGAAAUUGCGCCAGAGGUAUCACACCUCACUGUCUUCCAGCGAACACCUAACUGGGUUGCGCCUCGUUAUGAUAUGUCGAUACCACUUCCGGCAAGAGUGAUAUUUAGAUACAUCCCAGGUGUCUUGGCCAAAUUUCGCGCGAUAAUAAUGGAUUUCCGCGAAAGCUUCUUCGCCUCACUCCUCAAGCCAGGAUCUCAGCCAUCCCACUACCUGAAACGUGUCUGCCUAGGCAUUAUGAAACGGCAACUCGCAAACAAGCCAGAGCUUUGGGAGAAGUUAACCCCAAACUACCCUCUAGGCUGCAAACGUAUCAUCACUAGUGAUGACUACUACCCUGCCCUGGCCCGGGACAAUGUGGACCUCGAAACAGGCCAUAUUGAUCGCAUAUCCGAAGCUGGGAUCGUAGUAGAUGGUGCCGAGCAACAGUUCGACCUGAUAAUACUCGCCACUGGUUUCCGCACUGUCGAAUUUAUGCAUCCUAUCAAGGUCUACGGCGAAAAUGGCCGCUCGCUCACUGAUAUAUGGAAAAACGGUGCACGCGCCUUGUACGGUAUAACCAUUGAGUCUCUACCAAACUUCGCCAUGCUUUACGGACCCAACACAAAUCUAGGUCAUAGCUCAAUUAUCCUCAUGAUCGAAGCGCAGACGCGCUAUAUAAUGGCACUACUGUCUGCCAUCCUUCGUUCCAAGAAGCGUGGGCAGAAUCUCACGAUUACGCCAAGGGCAGAUCGCAUAGAUGAAUUCAAUAACUCGCUGCAGAAGGACCUGGCCACCACUGCUUUUGCCCAUCAAAGCUGCACUAGCUGGUAUAAGAAUGAAGAAGGCUUGAUUACCAACAACUGGUCCGGCAAUGUACUGGAGUACCAAAAGCUCCUAUCAAGAGUGAAUUGGGCUGAUUUCAGUAUGACUGGAGAUGACUCUGUAAAGGGGAAAUCUACUACUCGCAUUGGCCGUAUCCGCGAAGAGUCUCUGAUUGGACUUCGGGCUAUGUUGUCUAUUGCGGCUAUUGGGGCUGCCGUUAUAUAUAGUGUGGCCUGGGGGUCUCACGAUUUCUUUCCCCAACUACUUAAAUCGAUUUACCGUUCUUGA